AGACUUUUGUUCCAAAAUGUAAGUAAACUAAAUUUAAUUAAAUAUGUAUCCAGACCAUAAUUGCAUGGAAAGGGAAAUAUCUGAUGAACAGAGCUCUUUUUAUUUAUCAAUUAUUUUUAAGGAUUGACAUUGAAAAACCAAUCAACCUUUUCUAAAUUGUAGGACUUUUUUUUUAAUUAAGCUUUUUAUCGUCACUAGCUAUUUAAAUAAAGUAAAUAGUAUUUAAGAUAUCUUAUUCAGUGUCAUAAUUAAAGAAAAAAAAAUUUGAAACGUUUUGUUGAAAAAUAUUUGUUGUAUGAACUGUUAUUCGGGUCAAUUACUGUACAUUAAUAUGUUAUUUUUAUACUAACGUAAAAUUCCAAAUGCAACUUUACCUUAAAUUAAAGGAAUAAAAGUCACAAUAGAUUUGGUUAAAAAAAAAAAACUAUGUAACUACGUCCUGUCGAUAUUGCUUUUUGUUUUAUGGAAUCGAUGUUGCUAAUAAUAAUGAGAUAAUUCUAACAUUUGUGAAUACAAUCGAUCAAUGACUCCGAGCAGCAAUUUUCCCAAAUUACUUUUUCCUGUUUCUUUUUUGUCACCUUUCUACCAAUUAUCUCCAUCCGGUCCACCCCCACUCUGUUCAAAUAGAUGUUAACCAUGGGAAUCACAUUGAAACACUUUGUUUUCGUUAGUCUGCGGUCAUGGCUGCUAGGAAACACAACUCUCUGGUUAUUGUCUUUAUGGGCCUUCUGAUCAUUGAGGUAUCUAACCUCAAUAUCAAAGACGACUUCUUGAGAGACUUGGAUUCCUUUCCUCUACCAGCAAAUGGCCUUGCAUUCAAUUCUGCUCAGCCCGGAAAAUGCAAUAAUUUCAACUUGAAAAAUAAUGGCGGUAUGCCCACAUUCAUAAUGCAACAUCAUACUGUCGGUAAUUACAAUAGUACUAUCAAGACUUUCACUCAUAAUAACAAACCACACACGAUCCAAUUUCCAUUGGUCUCUUCUCACUUCGUCAUCGACAAAGAUGGAACCAUCCAACGUAUUGUAGCAGAAGAGUUCCGUGCAUUUCACGCCGGUGCUGGAAGAUUCUCUAAAAAUUCCGAUCUCAUUACUCUAGCCGCGUCCAGACUCUCAAAUUUUGGUGUUGUUUUCAAUUACGAUAUUUUACAUAUCGGAAGGGGAGACAUGAACAGCUGGUCGAUAGGAAUCGAAAAUGUCAAUUCUGGUAAUGAACCGUUCACGAAACAGCAGAUUGAAGCCAACAUUUUACUUUGCGAAUUCCUCUGCAAUAAGUUUCCUACUCUGAAUCCUCAUCUUAUGGUUGCACACAGUGACUGGAGUUACAAUAAGAUCGAUCCCAGUCCAUAUUUUCCGUGGCACGAGUUCGCCACAGCUUCUCAACUUUAUCCAGGGUCUGUAAAAAGAAAUUUCGGCGUGUAUCCCAGAAAGAACCUUGCGUUGAAAAAGGACCCGAACAUUCUCAUCUCGGGAGACGAUGAGAAAAACAAGAAGAUUUCUCUCAAAAUAAUAACAAUUGCACAAAAUUUACUUCGAUCAUAUGGUUUUUACAUACCAGAGGAGGAGUCCGGAGUGGUAGGUAACAAAACUAAAAACGCUAUUUUCGCCGCUCACGUUCAUUUUCAAGGGCCGAAAAUACUUAAUGAUUCUAUUUUAUUCGAAGCAUGGCAUGCAUUGGCAAAAAGCAUCAACAGCAAAUCUAAUUACCAUCUGUUGACUGUACUAGAUGAAAAUCUUUUAAUAAUUUUGGCUGAUUGUGUAGAUCAGUUACGAGGAGUAUAACAAGUAUUGUUUAUACAUUAACAAAUAAAAAUAAAGCGAAUAUUUUGUUUGUAAAUUUAUGUAUAUUUAUUUAUUAAAUUACUUUUUGAAUUUAA